AUGAUAAUCGGAAAAUUCAAAAAUCCUAGAUGUUUUAAAAAUGUUAAAAGUUUGCCGGUAGAUUACGAAGCUAAUCAUCGUGCUUGGAUGAACUCAGAAAUAUUUAUCAGUUGGGUGAAAAAACUUGACAAACGUAUGACACGUGAGAAAAGAUCUAUUCUAUUGUUUGUUGAUAAUUGCCUGGCCCAUCCGAAAAUCGAGGGAUUAAAAGCUGUAAAACUGUUGUUUUUCUCACCUAACACUACAUCUAAGUUACAGCCCUGUGAUCAAGGGAUUAUCUUUUCAUUCAAAAGGCAUUACAGGUCACGUGUCCUUGACCAUAUUAUUUCAUGUCUAGACAAACAUAUCGAUAAACAGAUUAACAUUCUAAAAGCCAUACAAUGGUUUUAUGCGGCAUGGAAAGAUGUAACACCGACGUGUAUCCAGAAUUGUUUUAGAAAGGCUGGAUUUAUGAAUCAAGCACAGCAUGAAAUUAAUGCGACCCCGCAGGGGCAUGUUUCUGAUUCGUCUGACACAGACGAGUUCGAGGACGAUGACAUUCCUCUGGCUGAAUUGGCAUCGAAAUGGAAUCGCCUUAGAGUAUUCAGCGACAUGGACAAAAACAUUUCUUUUGAUGAUUACAUAAAUGCUGAUGAGAAUGUUGUCUCCGUUGAGCAGAAGUCCGAUAGCGAUAUAAUAGCGGAGGUACAGCAAAAAUUGAAACCCGCUGAAACCCUGUCGCAGAGUGACGAAGAGAGUGACUCUGAGACUGUUGAUGACCCCCCCACCCACCAUGAAUGA